CCUACUGCGCAUGCGCGCGCCGAUGACCUCGAGUGGCGACGGGCGCUGGUGAAGGGCGUCGGCGGCGCCCCUCGACCGUCAGUUGUGGUUCACGAGCUGAGUCGGACGGCAGCAGCAGAGCCGAGCUCCCGCUCCCUCCCUCCUGCAGCAGUGACCAGUCAGCUUGAGAAGCAAAUCCCAACAACCACAAUGAUGUCGCAGACGGUCCCCAACUACGCCGGCGCCGGCGCUGGCUCCGAGCUGGGUAGUAGCCUGGCAGAGCUGGACUUUUCGAUCCUGAGCGACUACCAGGUGCCGUCGCCGGGCAGUCUGCCGCAGCUGGAGCGUUCGCCGCCGCACCUGUUCGGCUCGCCGCGCCGCGAGCAGGCAGAGUUCGACUGCGGCUACGCCUCGCCGCCGUACGCCGGCGCGCCGCUCUCGCCGCCGCUGAAGCAGGAGCUGCCGCUCUCGCCGCCGCUGAAGCAGGAGCUGCCGACGGCCAUCAAACAGGAGAUCGAGUCGCCGUACGGCCUGGAGUCGUCCGACGAGUGCGGCUACGGACCGGCGCACUCGCCGCUCAGCGACGGCGGCUACUCGUCUGCCGGCGGCUCGCCGGGCUACCAGCCGGCCAGCCCGCCGCCCGAGGACCACCAGCUGCUGCGCCAGUGUCUCCGCGACACCACGCUGCAGCGCCAGCUCAACCGGCCCGCCUUCAGCCUCGACAUGCUGUACGCCGCCGAGCAGCAGCAGCAGCAGCAGCAGCAGCAGCAGCAGCAGCAGCAGCAGGCCGGCAACUGGAUGCUCGACCAGCUCGACUCCGUCUUUGAUCUGGCUCUAGAACAGAUCAGACAGGAGAAGAAGAGCGUGUGCCGCCUGCUCGGCAUUUCUCCGGACCCCAUGGACUGGAGUCCGGAGAACGUGCGCGCCUGGGUGGCCUACAUGUGCCAGCAGUUCGGUCUGCCCGCCUCGCAGAUGGACUGGCUGCACCUGGACGGCCGGGCGUUCUGCUCGCUUGACGAGAACCAGUUCGUCAUGUGCGCGCCCCAGGCGGGAGCGACCCUGUACGCCCAGCUGGAAGUGUGGCGCUCCUCGUGCGCCCCGCGGUCGGCCGGCGCUCCGCUGAGCGCCGCCGCCCCGUGGCCCGUCAAACAGGAGCCGCUCGACAUGAGCCCGCCCCAGCCGGCCGAAGACGGAAUGGAUACGGACGAUGAGGACGAGGACAAGGUGACCACCGGCCGCAGCGGCUCGCACAUCCACCUGUGGCAGUUCCUGAAGGAGCUGCUGACGCAGCCGCAGCUGUACGGCUCGGCCAUCCGCUGGAUCGACCGCCAGAAGGGCAUCUUCAAGAUCGAGGACUCCGUGCGGGUGGCCAAGCUCUGGGGUAAGCGCAAGAACCGGCCGGCCAUGAACUACGACAAGCUGAGCCGCUCGGUGCGCCAGUACUAUAAGAAGGGCAUCAUGAAGAAGACUGAGCGCUCGCAGCGGCUGGUCUACCAGUUCUGCCACCCGUACAGCCUCUAGGUCCCAGGUGCAACGCUGGCGAGGCGGUAAGGCCUCACCGAGCCAGCACACCUCAACGUCCGUUUUGCGGGAGUUACUCGCAAAAUACCGUGUAUGCCGCUUUUAUCGGCACAUUUCUGUAUAGGUUAAGGCUCUAGCUAUAAGGUCGGCGGCUCCGUGGCCGGCACGCAGUCGCCGACGAUAGGUUUUAAGGUAACUAGGGUUAAGGUUCGCAGUUAGCGGAAGGUAAUUUCUUGUCUACACUGUUGUGGCGUUAUGUGGAGUGUAAUGAUACCGUGUCACUGUAUAAGUUGCAGGGAGAGGAUGCGCGCUGCGCGGCUGUUGCUGCCGUAGGCGCGACGCCGCGCCGCCUCCUCGACACCUGACGACGUUUUAACCCCAUUUAUCUAUGAUAAAUAGCCGAUGUACGUUCUAUGAACAUCCUACGGCCGAUCUGGCGGCGGCCGGCCGGCCUCUGUCGACCCGCGCGUCCCCCGGCCGUCCGCCGACCCGCCCGCUCCGCGCCCAGGCAGAGAGACAGACUCAGAGUGAAAGGUCGAGUGCAUGCGGCCGGGCAGAGACCGGGGCCUGAGCUCGGCCCCGCUCCCUGCCCCCGCCAAGAAUGUCUGAGAGAGUGCUGAGCGAAAGAGAGCGCACGCCAGAGGCCUCGGCCGGGGCGGUCGGGCGGCGCAGUCGGGAGAGUCGGGCUCGGCGAGUCGCCGUGCCGCGCGCCGCACCUUCGAGACUGCGGGCGCGGCGGGCCCCUCGAGAGGCGCCCGCGGCGCCCGCAGUUCGCGGAACGUUUCCGUGUAAAUAUGUACAGACACCGGGCCGGGUUAGGUGACCCGCGCCCAGCUGCGAGUGCAGCCGUGUGAACCCCGUGUGAUGGCAUGACUGUGAUUGCAACGAGUGAUAGCAGAGGCGAGCGACUGGCGAAUGGUUGCCGUUUUAUGACGUUGUUAAGCGGCGCGCGCUGUGGAGUAUUUUAUGAGGAGAAAUCUCGUCCGUUGGUUACGGUUUUGGUGGGGACUCUGCGGCGCGUCGAUGGCGCUGUCGGAUGACGUGUUUGCUGUAGGCGGUGGCCGAUCCUGUGCCGGUCGGGGGCUGACAUCUCACCGCCGCUGUCUGGCGGUGGAUGCUCGAGCCUCGCGCCGCGCGGCAGGCGGCGGUGUGCGCGGUAACCAAGUACCUGUCUGCUGUGCGCUCGCUGCCAAUCUGGCUCUCCUUUCCACUAAUCGCUGCUGCGAUAUGUUCAGGGGCUUCAGCCGGGGACCAGGCCGGUCCCGUGCCAGAGACUUGGGCUGGUGACUGUGGGGCUACUUCCAAUUAGUCAACUUAUCACCAGCUACAACAGCUGGUUGAGUUAGACGUUCUGUUGCUUUGCUUUUUGGCGUUUUUCAUAAUAAAACACGAAAUGCUUCGGCGCAA